AAUGAUCGAGUGCCCGGAUGGAUAUCCCAUAAAGCAUUGCAGUUUCCGGAAAGGUACGCUUUGUACAGACUACAGAUUUCGGAGACAAAUUUCUCCUAAAAUUUCACGUUUUACAGCCUGGUGACAACUGUCCCCUGUCAGGCAUGGCGGCCCACAUGCACCCCGUCACUCCCCAGGAGGAGGAAGUGCCACGCGCCAGGAUGGCGUAUUCCUCCGACAAGCACCCCAGGCAGACCUUGGAGGCUAUCAACUCCUUACGCAAGCGGCGCGAGCUCUGCGACGUGGUGCUGAUCGUCGGCGACCGUCGGAUCUACGCCCACCGCGUCAUCCUGGCCGCCUGCAGCCCGUAUUUCCACGCCAUGUUUACGGGAGAGUUGGCAGAGAGUCGACAGACGGAGGUGAUCAUUCGGGACAUUGAUGAGCGGGCCAUGGAGCUGCUUAUAGACUUUGCGUACACGUCACAGAUAACCGUGGAAGAGAGCAACGUUCAAACACUCCUGCCCGCAGCCUGUCUGCUGCAGCUGCAAGAAAUCCAAGAAGUCUGCUGCGAGUUCCUGAAAAGACAAUUGGACCCGUCAAACUGUCUUGGCAUCCGAGCCUUCGCAGACACUCACGCAUGUAGAGAACUGUUAAGAGUGGCUGAUAAGUUUACACAACACAAUUUCCAAGAGGUAAUGGAGAGUGAAGAAUUCAUGCUGCUGCCAGCCAAUCAGUUGAUAGAUAUCAUCUCCAGUGAUGAGCUGAAUGUCCGCAGUGAGGAACAGGUCUAUAACGCUGUCAUGUCGUGGGUCAGAUACAACCUGCCAGAGAGAAGAAAUCAGUUACCUAUGGUGUUACAACAUGUGAGACUGCCACUGCUUAGCCCCAAGUUUUUAGUAGGAACCGUUGGUGCAGACCUUCUUGUAAAAAGCGAUGAAACUUGCCGAGACCUUGUAGACGAAGCCAAGAACUACCUUCUGUUGCCCCAAGAGAGACCGUUGAUGCAAGGACCAAGGACACGACCACGAAAACCAAUCCGCUGUGGGGAGGUGCUCUUUGCAGAAACUGUCCUUGCAGUGGGCGGCUGGUGCAGCGGGGACGCCAUCUCCAGCGUGGAGCGCUACGACCCACAGACCCACGAGUGGCGCAUGGUGGCCUCCAUGAGCAAGCGGAGAUGUGGCGUCGGCGUGGCAGUGCUGGAUGAUCUGCUGUACGCUGUGGGCGGCCAUGACGGAUCAUCCUACCUGAACAGUAUCGAGAGGUAUGACCCUCAGACAAACCAGUGGUCGAGCGACGUGGCGCCUACCAGCACGUGUCGCACCAGUGUGGGUGUGGCGGUGUUGGAUGGUUAUCUGUAUGCUGUGGGAGGGCAGGAUGGCGUCAGCUGUCUCAACAUUGUAGAAAGGUAUGAACCCCAGUCCAACCGGUGGACCAAGGUGGCCUCCAUGAGCACCCGGAGACUGGGCGUGGCCGUGGCAGUGUUGGGAGGUUACCUGUACGCUGUCGGCGGGUCAGACGGAACAUCACCCCUCAACUCAGUGGAGAGAUAUGACCCCAGAACCAACAGGUGGUACCCUAUAGCGCCGAUGGGCACACGGCGGAAACACCUGGGCUGUUCCGUCUACAACGACAAGCUCUACGCGGUCGGUGGGCGGGACGACGCCACAGAGCUGAGCAGCGCAGAGUGCUACGAUCCUCGGAUGAACGCCUGGAGUCCUGUGGUGGCUAUGAGCUCACGGAGAAGUGGGGUGGGUCUAGCGGUAGUGAACGGUCAGCUGCUCGCUGUGGGAGGCUUUGACGGAACCACGUACCUAAAAACGAUAGAAAUAUACGACCCGGACGCGAACACAUGGCGCAUGUACGGCGGGAUGAACUAUCGCAGGCUGGGAGGGGGAGUCGGGGUAGUGAAGAUGCCACAGUGCGAGUCCCACCUCUGGUGACCCACAGAGACCAGUGUUCCCUCCAAACCCAACAAGCCUGAACACCCCCGCAAACAGAGUCUAGUGGUCCAGAUGAAACACUGGUCAUGUUGAAAGGAGACUUUUUAUCCACUUCGCUGCCAAAC